AUGGCGAUGGAUCUGCAGCAUCCGCAGCCGCUCCACCUCGUGUUCCCUGACCCUUCUUCUCUAGGCUGGGCAGAGCAACCAUGGCGGCGAAUCCGCAGCGUCCAUGGUCGCUCCACCUCAGGCAGCGCGGAUCACGGCCAGCGGCCCGAUGGAGGCGGGUACCGGCGCGGUUGCUGUUCUGCCCUGCGCUCCCUCCAUGUCACCUCCUCCGCCUCCGAUGGCCAGAUGCUUCUUCGACUCUGGCCUAGGGGCACCCUCAUCGUUGGCGGAUUUAUAUUUCUCAGGUCAGACAGUGUGCAGACACACAUGGUCAACAUCCAGUUUCAGAAGAAUGUACUGCUGCAGCUUGUUACUCUCUACAUGGAUUUCAAGUUGGAUGAGAGCUACACACUGAGCAAGAUCUCCAUCUGGACUGGCGACGGCUUCCACAAUCUCAAGGCAAUUCCUCUUUUCUGA